CAGGUGAAAUCAUGCCUUGUGGCCUUGGUUGCUUGCGAGUAGAAUCCGCCGUGCCCGCGGUCUCGAAUACCUGGACUCGUUGGCUCGUUCCGAAGGCGUUUGCCUACGGAGUAUACGCACAAUGCUUGCUCCAGACCCUGCUGGUGCUAAGAAACCGUGUUUUGGAGUUUCCCGUGUUUGCCCUGUGGGUGUGUCCAUCUCUACGCUUUGCUCCGAGUUCACGGCAUCUUCGACCAGGGUGACCUUUGCGUUGCGUACAGGAUCACCUCCGUUUGGAGUUCCACGAGUCCCUCAUUUGCUGCACACCUUGACACCCUCCUCCCUCCUUCCAAGUACUAGCGAGCUUUGUCCAAGCUGCGGAGUUGACUUCGUAUUAGCAACCUUACAUCCACCGACUAUUUCCUUUCUUUCUUUUCUUACAUCUCUUCUCUUUCCUCAAUAUACCUACUUGGAAAAGACCAGAACCUCAGAUUCCAGUCUCCUCUAAACCCUACUCACCUAUCCUUAGCGUCCCUAACAACCACAACAACCUCACCUCAUUACCCUUGUCAUCGAGUCCUAUCCUCAGUGACACCUCCGGAUCCCACCGUUGUUGGCGCCGGUCCUCCGUCCCUCCUCCACAUACUCCCUCGUGACUGUUCUCCGCUUCCGUGGAAGACAACCUCCCCCCCAUCACCCAUCCUACCAACUCAUCCUGAUCUUCCAAAGUGCAGAAUAGUUUGUUGUCGCGAGGUGAGUCCCACCGCCAGUUCCAGUUUCUCGUCUUACGCAGCGUUCGCUGGUCCUCGACUGCCGAACUGGGUCUUACCCCGCAAAUUCCCCAAGUCCCAGCAACGUCGCACUAACGGGACUUUCUGUAGGACCUGUCGUCACGCGGCACAUCGGCGCCUGACUCCGCUCUUAGGACAAUCACAUUUUCCCCUCUCACGCAAUGUCUGGGAGCACUGCCAAUCGGAUCAAGGAAGGCGCCCGCAGCGCUGCGACAAAGGUCGAAACUGCCACGACCGAGGCGGUCAACAAUCCCAUUCAAGCCAAGAAUGAUUUCCUCCACUAUCCCAUCGUGCGGGCUGCUCUACCCUUCGUCAAUGGAGGCCUAGCGGGUAUGUUCGCUACAGGCUGCAUCCAGCCUGUAGACAUGGUCAAGGUUCGCCUCCAGUUGGCGGGCGAAGGCAUAAAAUCCGGCCCUAAACCUUCUGCGUUGGGCAUCACAAGAGAUAUCAUUGCACAGGGCAAGGUUCUUGAUCUUUAUACUGGUCUCUCAGCUGGUCUGUUGAGACAGGCCGUCUAUACCACGGCAAGGCUGGGUUUCUUUGACACCUUUCAAAAUCUUCUGCAGGCACGUGCAGAAAAGAAUGGCACCAGCAUUGGCUUUCUCGAAAGAGGUGCCGCUGGUCUCACCGCAGGUGGUCUCGCUGCCAUGGUGGGUAACCCAGCAGAUCUGGCCUUGAUCCGAAUGCAGUCCGAUGGUUUGAAGCCCAAGGAACAACGAGCCAACUACCGAUCAGUCUUUGAUGCCUUGAAGCGUAUCGCUCAAGCUGAAGGCGUCGGCGCUCUCUGGGCGGGCGCAUAUCCUACCGUCAUUCGUGCCAUGGCUCUCAAUUUCGGCCAACUCACCUUCUUCGCCGAAUCCAAGGCCCAAUUGAAAACCCAUGCCCCUCAGCUCUCGGAGAACGCAAACCGAUUCGGAGCGUCUGCCAUUGCCGGUUUCUUCGCUUCCUUUUUCAGCUUACCGUUUGACUUUGUCAAGACCAGAUUGCAGAAGCAGCAAAAAGGUCCUGAUGGCAAACUCCCAUACAACGGAUUUUUCGAUUGCGCCAAGAAGGUGGUCCGAGAUGAGGGCUGGUUGAGAUUCUACCGUGGAUUUGGCACAUAUUACGUUAGAAUUGCUCCUCAUGCAAUGAUCACUCUCAUCGUUGCCGAUUACCUGAAGCUGAUCACAUCAUGAAUGAGCCACUCUGCUGAACAACGAUCAAGUUGAAAAGUAAUGUUUCCUUUGACCUAUGCACACUCUUGCAUGGACCUUGAGCUGGACCCGCUCAAACAUAUACAUACCUAGAAGCAAGAGAAGGUGUCAGGACCGACUCUAGCAACAGUCUGCACGUCCUGUGCAGAGAACGAGUCACAAGAGAAGGAUCGAACAUAUGGGUUGCCAUCUAUCUGGGGAACUAGACCGUCACUCGGCCCUGCCGAUUUGGCGUGGGAGCGAAGAACGUCUUCUAGGACCGAUGAAUUGGAAUAGAGCAAGCGUUCGAUAAUCCCACUGGCGACACGGAGCUUGACAGUCGUUAUUCUGUCAUUCUGAUAUUGCAGGAUCCAUAAAAAGGUGUCUGAGUGCCGAAUAGGUUCUCCGCAGGAGAGUGAAUGUCGAUUAAAAAAAAUUGUCCACGAGCAGAGGUAAGGUCAGCCGAGAGUGAAGGAAAUUUAGCAAGAUAGAAAACCUAGAGUCGAUUGUGCUUUUGUUGCUAGCGAUCAUCACCACGCAUGUGUGAAUGAGGUUUGGUACUUGUGCUUGUGAUUCUGAAAAUUUGUACCUGGU